AGCUCAGAGCACAGCGCCUUCUUUUGUUGCUCCCGCCCCUGACACCCAACCGGCCAAUAAGCGGAGUGGACGUUCUCACUUGUUUUGUAGUGACGCACUUUGGUUCGCGGACUCCGUUCGGAAGUUUCUGUGUGUGAAAGUAAAACAUCCAUUCGUCCGUCUGUUUUCUUACGCUUAUCCAAUUCAGGGUCUCGGCUGUGCUGGAUCCUAUGCCAGUGGUCACAGGGCGAGAGGCUGUGUAAACCCUGAGGUGUGAGGAAAGCAGACAUAUUUUAAUAAUGCUGCACAGGUAGAGCUAGACUGAAAAGGUCACAUGACUCUCUUACUUUUCAAGUUCCAAACACGAUAUCCUGUAGUAACAAUAAAAUUAAUAAUAAUAAUAAAGUUUCACUUUCAUUUUCAAUUUGCACUGAUGGUCGUGUAGGUGGAGUUACGUGAAGCGAUCUUAAAUAACUUAAACGGCUAAAUUCCAGCCUGAACAGUCGCAGCGAUGUUAUUGGUUGAGCUUUACAUAACUUUCACUUACUACACGGACCGAAUGAAGUGGAGUGUACAGCGUGCAGAGAUGCGCCCGGCUGAGCUAUCCCCAGUAUGACCAUGGAGGUGACAAGCACGGGCGGCAGGCACAACCCGCUGGCAACUGCCAGCUUUUUUUCAAGAGUCUUUUUGUGCUGGUUAACCCCUUUGCUGCAGCUUGGCAAAAAGCGAAGGCUUGAGGAAAAUGAUAUGUAUAGCAUCCUUCAAGAGGAUCAGUCAGAAGCCCUGGGAGAGGAGCUACAGAGAUUUUGGGACCGUGAAGUUAGACAUGCUACAAAGGAACUCCUGAAGCCAAAACUCACCAGAGUCCUUAUAAAGUGCUAUGGAAGGUCCUAUGCAAUGGCUGGGAUAUUUGUUUUUUUCCUGGAGACAAUCAAAGUGAUCCAGCCACUUCUUCUGGGGAAGAUAAUCCUUUUCUUUGAGAAUGGUGACCCCGAUGAUCAGAGAAGUCUUGGCAUGGCGUAUGUUUACGCUGCUGCGAUGUCCAUCUCCACGUUUGGACUGACUAUCCUCCAACAUCUCUACUACUAUCAUGUCCUAAGAACAGGCAUGAGGAUUAGAGUGGCUAUGUGUCACAUGAUCUACAGGAAGGCUCUCAGACUCAGUGCUGAAUCCAUGGGACAAACAACCACUGGGCAAAUAGUGAACCUCCUUUCAAAUGAUGUUAAUCGUUUCGAUGAGAUUACACUUAAUCUGCACUACCUGUGGGUGGGACCUCUCCAAGCAGCGGUGAUCAUUGUUUUCCUUUGGUAUGAGAUCGGUGCCUCGUGCCUGGCAGGUGUAGCAGCCAUCGCACUCAUGAUGCCGAUACAAACCUGGUUUGGAAAACUCUUUGGCAUCUUCAGGAGCAAGACAGCAGUCCUUACUGACAACAGAAUCCGUAUCAUGAAUGAAGUGGUGUCUGGUAUCAGGAUAAUCAAGAUGUAUGCCUGGGAGAAACCGUUCUCAGCUCUGGUGACUGAAGUCAGAAGGAAAGAAAUUCAUCAGAUAUUAAAAAGCUCCUACCUGCGAGGACUCAACAUGGCUUCAUUCUUUGCCAGCAGCAAGAUCACAGUGUUUGUCACCUUCACUGUCUACGCCCUCCUGGGCAACACCAUCACUGCCAGCAGUGUGUUUGUCACUGCAUCCCUGUAUGGUACAAUUAAGCUCACAGUGACCCUGUUCUUUCCUCUGGCCAUUGAGAAAUUGUCAGAGACUGUUGUGAGCAUUCGCAGGAUUAAGAAUUUUCUCAUCCUGGAAGAGCUUGAAAGAAAAAACCUCACACUGCCUUUGGAGGGAAAAAUGGAGAACGCUAUUGAAAUUGAGGCACUGACCUGCUACUGGGAUAAGAGUUUGGAUGCACCAUCUCUGCAAAAUGUUUCAAUCACAGCAGAGUCACACCAGCUUCUCACUGUGAUCGGACCAGUGGGGGCCGGAAAGUCAUCUCUGCUUAGUGCCAUCCUAGGAGAGCUGCCCUAUGACACAGGCACAUUAAAGGUCAGAGGUCAAAUAAGCUAUGCAGCCCAACAGCCAUGGGUGUUCCCUGGAACCAUCCGCAGCAACAUCCUGUUCGGGAAACAACUGAAUCCUAAAAAGUAUGAGAGGGUCCUCAGAGCCUGUGCUCUGAAGAAGGACCUGCAGCUGUUCCCAGAUGGAGAUCUGACUCUGAUCGGGGACAGAGGGGCCACACUCAGUGGGGGACAGAAAGCUCGUGUCAACCUGGCCAGGGCUGUAUAUCAGGAUGCAGACAUCUACCUUCUGGAUGACCCUUUAAGUGCUGUGGAUGCAGAAGUUGGAAAACAUCUUUUUGAGCAGUGUAUCUGUGGCCUGCUGAAGAACAAGUGUCGUAUCCUCGUCACACACCAGCUCCAGCAUCUGAGGACAGCUGGCCAGAUCCUGGUCCUCAAGGAGGGUCAUAUCAUGGUCCAGGGAACCUACAAUGAGCUGCAGACCUCUGGCCUGCAUAUUGUGUCCCUGCUGAGAAGUGAUGAGGAGGCACAUUCAUGUUCGGUUGACCCAGAGAAAGUGUCUUUACGCAGCCAGUGGACGAUUCGCUCACAUGGGUCACACUGUUCUUCCAGCAGCCUCCUGCUACCAGACAGCAGCUGCACUGAUCAGCUUCCUGUUGAAGUUGCUCAAACUAUUACAGAAGAAACUCGAGCUGAAGGAAAUGUUAGCAGCCACGUUUACCUUAAGUACUUCACAGCAGGUUGUAACACUUUGGUGUUAAUGGUCAUAAUACUGCUCAGCAUUAUAGCUGAGGUUGCGUAUAUCCUGCAGGACUGGUGGCUGGUAUAUUGGUCAGGGGAGGAGUUUUCUAACAGCACAGCCACUGCUGUUAGCGUGGACAGUGGAAUGAAUGUUACUAGUUCAGUUCGAAAGUUUGAUCUCACUUUUUACCUCGGUAUUUAUUCAGGUUUGACAGCAGCAGCUGUGGUCUUUGGUUUUGCCAGGAGUUUAGUGAUAUUUCAUGGGCUGGUGAGAUCAGCUCAGACUCUGCACAACAGCAUGUUUAGUGCUGUGCUCCACACUCCUGUUAGCUUCUUUGAUGUCAACCCCAUAGGUCGAAUACUCAACAGGUUUUCCAAAGAUGUCAGCCAAAUGGACUCCAUGCUACCUAUCACUUUUGUGGACUUCUAUCAAUUGUUUUUACAGAAUGCUGGCAUUAUCGCGGUGGCAGCCUCAGUCAUCCCUCUCAUCCUCAUCCCUGUUGUUCCUCUCCUAUUAAUCUUUCUGUACUUGAGAAGCUUUUACCUCCGUACCUCACGUGAUGUCAAACGUCUCGAGUCAACAACUCGGAGUCCAGUCUUCUCCCACCUGUCCUUGUCUCUUCAGGGUCUUUCCACCAUCAGAGCCCUCAAGGCUGAGGAGAGGUUAAAGAAGGCAUUUGAUGCCCAUCAGGACCUGCAUUCAGAGGCGUGGUUUUUGUUCCUGAUGACCUCCCGCUGGUUUGCACUACGCCUUGACAGCAUUUGCUCCAUAUUCAUCACCCUCACAGCAUUCGGCUGCGUCUUACUCAGACAUGGCCUGGAGGCUGGAGAGGUGGGCCUUGUGCUGACCUAUGCUGUAACACUGAUAGGAAACUUCCAGUGGACAGUGAGGCAAAGUGCAGAGGUGGAGAACAUGAUGACAUCAGUGGAGAGGGUGGUGGAGUACACUGAGCUAAAGAGUGAAGCACCCUUAGAAACUCAGCAGCGUCCUCCCCCUGAUUGGCCGAGCCAAGGAAUGAUAACCUUUGAUCGAGUGAACUUCUUCUACAGCAAGGAUGGACCACCGGUCCUCAAAGACAUCAAUGCCACGUUUCAACCCAAAGAGAAGGUCGGUAUUGUGGGUAGAACAGGAGCUGGGAAAAGCUCUCUGGUUUCGACUCUGUUUCGCCUGGCAGAGCCCCAGGGGAAGAUCUACAUCGACGGUGUUGUGACCUCUGAGAUCGGCCUCCAUGACCUGCGCCAGAAGAUGUCCAUCAUUCCUCAGGACCCAGUUCUCUUUACUGACAGUGUGAGGAAGAACUUGGACCCUUUCAACCAGCACGCUGAUGAAGACCUGUGGAAAGCUCUGGAAGAGGUACAGAUGAAGUCUGUGGUGGAGGAGCUGCCUGGGAAGCUGGAGACUGUCCUGGCUGAGUCAGGCUCCAAAUUCAGCGUGGGCCAGAGGCAGCUGCUGUGCCUGGCCAGAGCCGUCCUGAGGAAGAACCGCAUUCUCAUCAUCGACGAAGCCACGGCCAACGUUGACCCAAGGACAGAUGAGCUGAUCCAGAAAACCAUUCGAGAAAAGUUCAGAGACUGCACUGUGCUCACCAUCGCUCAUCGCCUCAACACCAUCAUGGACAGCGACCGUAUACUGGUGCUGGACAGUGGCACCAUCCAGGAGCUGGACUGUCCUUUCACUCUGCUGCAAAACAAGGAGGGUGCUCUCUACAAGAUGGUGCAAGAGAUGGGCCAGGCUGAGGCAGCGGCUCUGCUGGAGUCAGCAGGAAGCUUAUCACAGCAGCCUGAGCAAAAGUCUUUUACACUUUUCAUGGCUGCUGCAACUUUAAACCAGGUGAGGGCUACUUCCAACAAGUCUCUCUCACACCCAAACAGACAGAAGUUAAACUGUGACGUGGAGUGAAACGCUGGAGUCGGCUGAACUCUUGCAGCAACCUCUGAGCACCGCGAGCUCCUCCUGCCUCCAACUGUGUGCAACGACUGGGCCGUUUGAUGUUUUUAGGCUUUGUGAUCUUAUUUGAGCUGUGUCUGUUUUUAAGUUAUGUUGAAAUCAUAAAUUAUGGUUACAUUGUGAACAAGCUACUCUGUAAGAUCUGUAAGCUUCAGAAUUUUACCUUGAAUUCCCAAACCGUUAUAC